AUGGCAAACACAUACACUCAAAGAGCCAAGACACAUCCGUCACCAGUUGCUCAAAGACUCUUGAGACUCAUGGAGUCUAAGAAGUCCAACUUGUGUGCUUCGGUCGACGUGAGCACUACCAAAGAGUUCUUGGAGCUCAUCGACAAGCUUGGCCCUUCUAUUUGUCUUGUCAAAACCCACAUUGACAUCAUUGAUGACUUUUCUUACGAUGGAACUAUUGUUCCAUUAUUGGAGCUUGCCAAAAAGCACAACUUCAUGAUCUUUGAAGACAGAAAGUUCGCAGAUAUUGGUAACACUGUUAAGAAGCAGUAUUCAGGUGGUGUUUACCAAAUUGCGAAGUGGGCAGACAUCACAAACGCCCACGGAGUCACUGGUGCAGGCAUCGUUCAAGGUUUGAAGGAGGCUGCACAAGAAACCACAUCUGAGCCAAGAGGUUUACUUAUGUUGGCCGAGCUCUCAUCCAAGGGUGCUAUCGCACAUGGAAAGUACACGGAGGAGACUGUGGAUAUUGCCAGAACCGACAAGGAUUUUGUGAUCGGAUUUAUUGCACAGAGAGACAUGGGUGGACAACUGGAAGGCUUUGACUGGUUGAUCAUGACGCCAGGUGUCGGACUAGAUGACAAGGGAGACAGCUUGGGCCAGCAGUACAGAACAGUGAACGAGGUGAUUUCUACAGGAACUGAUAUCAUUAUCGUGGGUCGUGGAUUGUUUGGCAAGGGUAGAGACCCUACUGUGGAGGGAGAGCGUUAUAGAAGUGCUGGAUGGAAUGCCUACUUGAAGGCUACCGGACAGAAUUAG